AUGGGCUGUGUUCAAAGCCAAAAGAGCUGCGCAAAAACUCGCUCGAGACGAAUCGAUAAAUUGUUGCGAAAAGAAGCAGCGAUCGAGCAAAAAUCAAUCAAACUUCUUUUACUAGGAGCUGGAGAAUCCGGAAAAUCGACGAUUCUCAAACAAAUGCGCAUUAUUCAUGACGAAGGAUACACCCAACAAGAGUGUAAAAAUUUCCGGCCUGUCAUUUAUAACAAUAUCCUUCAAAGCUUUUAUACGCUCAUCAGGGCUAUGAAGUAUCUAAAUGUGGAAUACGAUUCUGAAGAAAACCGGGUUGUCGCGGACAAAUUGUUCAAUUAUCGGGUUAGCGGCGAUGAAGAUGAGUUGCCGGCGGACCUCGUCAAAAUUAUAAUGACGGUUUGGGAAGAUAGUGGCAUUUAUUUUAGAUCUCGUGAAUAUCAAUUAAACGACUCGGCUCCUUACUAUUUUAAAGAGAUGAAACGAAUUCUCGAUAAAGACUAUAUCCCAACAAUUGAUGAUGUGCUUCGAGCAAGAGUGAAAACGACGGGUAUCAUCGAAACCUGCUUUUUCUUCAAAGAUCGACUAUUCAGAGUUUUUGACGUCGGAGGGCAACGUUCAGAACGAAAAAAGUGGAUUCCUUGCUUUGAAUGCGUCACUUCUGUAAUAUUCUGUGUGGCUCUUUCGGAAUAUGAUAUGGUUAUGUUGGAAGAUCACAAAACCAAUCGAAUGUGCGAAUCAUUAAAACUAUUCGACUCAAUCUGCAAUAAUCGAUGGUUCGUCGACACUUCAAUCAUUUUGUUCUUGAAUAAGAAGGAUCUGUUCGAGGAGAAGAUUCAAUAUUCCCCAAUAACCCAUGCAUUCCCCGAAUAUGAAGGCAACAAUGAUUUUACGGAGGCUUCAGUUUACAUUCAAAAGAAGUUUGAGGAUGUGAAUAAGAGAACCAACAACCAAAAGGUAGAAGAGAUUUACACUCAUUUCACUUGCGCCACGGACACGGAUAAUAUUCGAUUUGUGCUCGAUGCGGUCGCUGAUAUUAUUGUUCGAGAUAAUCUGCGAACCUGUGGACUCUAUUAA